GUUUGAAUACCUCUAACGCCUUCGAACGCGCGACACACCUUGCAUCAAACACCAAAACGAAAACAAGGAGGAAAGUUUACCUGUUCUAAAGAUGGAAAAAUCAGUGCUCUUUUUCACGAUAUUUCUCAUCCUCAGUGUCAUUUACGAAACCGGGGCAAUAAAAUGCUACCAGUGCUCAACUGAUGAGGACCCAGAAGGAAGAGAUCUGUGUGGUGCUUACGAGUACUUUGACGAGGAAGCCCACAUCCCUGUUGACUGCUUCCAGGAGGAAUCUGUGACUCCAGGGACAUUCUGCGUCAAAAUCACCAAGCAGUCACCACGCAUGUUUAUCUGGGAUGGCCGCUGGCGCACUGUCAUCCGCCGCUGUUCCUCUGUCACCGAGACUGGAGUGACAAAUGUCUGCAACUGGGGUGUGGACCUGAACGGUGUCUACUGGGAGGAGUGUUAUUGCACCUCUGACGGAUGCAAUGGCUCAUCCACGUUGACUGUCAGCUUUUCUCUCGUUGCUGCUGCUCUGGUAGCUUCCGUUUGGAUGAGAUUAUAAGGAGAGAAGCUGGAGGGAUUCCUGUGAUAGGAGUUGAUACUGAAUGUUAGGUAUGUCCAUGUAAAAUUAUUUUUUUGUGUGUGUCUUUUAUAUACUUGGAGAAAAUAGGAUUUUGUUAUCUUUUAUCUUUCAAGUGAAUUUCCGUCCAUUUUGAUACAGCUGAAAACAUAUAUGAAAAAUUAACAGUGUAAAAGGAAUGUUGUUCCUUUUGUUGUUGAAGAUGUAUAGGAAUCUCUUAGGGAAGAGUUAUUAUUAUGCCAAAUUUGUAUGGCAUAUUUUUUUUUCAUGUUAUUCAGAACUUACAAGUAGUAGCAGGUUUUAAAUGGUUACUAUUGUAAAAUAGUAUUUUGUUGAAACAAGAGUUGCUUUCAAAAUUAUCUUUUACAAGCUUAUUGCUGAACAAAUCAGCAUGUAACAGUUAUAGUUAUUGUUAUUAUCAUCAUCAUUAUUAUUAUUAUUGUAGUUCUUAUGAUUUUUUAUUUUUUUAUUAUUAUUAUUUUUUAAAGAUCUUGGAAUAGUUGCAUAUAUCUUACCUUGUUGAUGUCAAGUCUGGAGUUGCCACUGUCAGCCAGUCCAUCCUUGAUUCCAGUUUGGAGCUCAGGUAUUGAUUCUGCAAGGUGGACCAUAGUUGGUGUACGGAAAGACAUCCAGUUUGGCAAGGAUGGCAACUCCAAAACCAAAGUCCCAUAUGGGUUUUCCAUUAUGCUUAGUUUUAGUAGACAGCAGUAUAAGUUUCAGAAGUGAGGUCAGGUCCAUUAGGUCUUGUAUAAGGUAUAUUUCUCUUUUCUGCAAAUUCUGUUCUAUUUUCAUAAGAAAGUACUUUUUUUGAGUUUUAGACUUUUCUGGAUAGUUCAUGGUAUUGAAAGAAGGAAUAAUGCAAUUUUUAAACUUGAAAGGCUAGAAGUGAUUUCUAGGUAUCAUUUGAAAAUUAUUUUAUACCAAAAUGUAUUUUAUAACGAACAGUCUAUUAAAUUAUGUAUGUUAACAUAAUGUUUCUUGUUAGCAAAGUUAUAUAUUUAAAGUUAUCAGUACCAUAUUAUCUGAUAGCAAUAUGUAACUGGUAUCUGCCUCUGAGUUAAUGUGUAUAUUGUAUAGAGAAUAAUAUACUAAAUAAUUUCUAUAUUCAUAAUCCCAAGACCACUUUGCACAACUAUGUGAGGCAGCAACAUCUAAAGGGAGUAUUGAGUUUUGAAAUGAAAUGGAGCUGAUGUUUUGUGAAAUUUCUGCUGUAGAAGAACAUAUCUAGACAUUUUUUAAACAGACAUCAGUUCAAAGGAAAAUGUAAAAUAUAUAAGUGCAUUAAUUAACAACUCAUUUUCCUCAUCUUAUAGUCAGCUGACAUAUAUCUCUAAACUUCAUAAAAUGUUUUCUAAACUUGAAGAAGUACAGUAUUGUAAUUUCUUCAGAUCGAGGAAUUGAAGAAGUAAAUGUUCUGCCGCAUAGGAAAAAUGGCUGUGAAGUUGACUUUAUAAAAGCGUUUUCAACAAAGUUACUGCUCUUUACCCCAAAAAGACAGCAAAGUUAGGGGGUUCAUGUUCUGUCUUCUCUUCUGUUUCUCUUUUUUUCUUGUGUAAUAUGGACCUUUUUUAUUAUUAAUAUUAUCACAACUUAGUAUGUUUUGUCCAUUGUGCGCACACACCUGAGAACAGCAAGUACCAUACUUAGGUCCUGUAAGUUCGGACAUUUUUAUGAUGAUAGAAUUUUCUUCUUAACCUGUUUGUAUACAUGUGGUUUGUGACGUGCAUUUCAAAGGCCAGCAUCGUUGGGAUGUUUGUUUGUUUUUUUCUUUUUUUUUUUCCGGUUUACAUUAUUGGUAAUGUCUAAUAUGUUAAUACUUGGAAAAUGUGCCAAUUAGAAAUCAAUUUAUGAAAGCUCAUAUUUUGCAUCCAUUUACAUAAAUAUUUGAUUAGUAUUAUUUGUUAUCCAACCAAAUAAAUAAAAGUAAAAAUAGUGAUGCUAUCCUAGAUCACGCAUUAUCCAAAAGGUUUUGAUAUAUGAACUGUAGUUCAUAUGUAUCUGUAUUUGUUGUCUAAUAUCCUUUUGGUUUGUGAGAUGAGCUUUUAUUUAUUAUUAUUUUUUUUUCCCCCAAGUGACAUUAAAUUUUGUUAAAUGUCAGUUGCUACAUAUGUUAAUUACUUUGUCACAAAAAGUUAAUGAUGUAAGUUGGUAAUAGAGGAAAGAGUUCAAGGCACAAUUGAAUAUUAUUAUGUUAAUAUCAACACUGUUAUGAUGAUUUUUGGUGAUAUUGUUACUAUAUUGCAUUUAAGUACUAAUAACAAUAAAAGAUAAUAAAGAAUCUUUACAAAAACCGAGGAAAAGGGUAAACAUGUAUGGUGGAUAGGACUAAUAAUUUGACUUGGUAACUAAGCACUUGUAGAGGGAUGUGUGUGUAAACAGAAUUAUUCAACUUUAAAUUAUAGUGGCCAUGGCAUGUAUGUGAUGCCAUCUGCGCACAAUGUGUUAAUUUUCACUGUUACCAGACUUAAUGCUGAAUAUGACUUGUGGUAGGAAAGAAAAUGACAGGGAUUUCCAACUCAUUGUUAAUAUGUAAUUUUUUGUUUAUUGUUAAUUUUUGGGAAGGUCUCUAGUAUUUUUAAAAGGCACAUUUCAGAGUACAUUACAAAAAAAAACAAAGUAAGUUCAGUGUUUGAUGAGAGAUGUGUGUUUUUCUAACUAACUUCCUCUAUAAUUCUUGUUAAAAUUGUAAGAGAUGUAUGCUUUGUAACAUUCCACAAAUAAAAGUACUUCACUCAGAUGAUCUGAGUAAAAUCUGCCAGAUUUUGUAAUGGAUUCCGUCCAUACCAUUCCAUUGUCUAAGAUUUAUAAGGUAGAGUAUCUGUUAAAAGUGUUGUGUAAGAUAAGUAUUUUUGCAAUAAAUUAAUACCAUUCUGAA